GGUAAGCGUGAACGUACGAGAGGGACAUCGUAGCUUAGAGAAAGAGAUAGCGAUACGUCAUUAUCGCUGCACCUCCAUACGAGCACACCGUACUGCGCGUAGUAGUUACCGGUAUAAAAGGAGACACCCGGCCCGUAAAUUUUCAUUCAGUCUCUGACGUUCAUCUCGAGCGGACUCUACUGCUGCUACUACUACUACUACAACUACAACUACAACUACAACUACCACUCUCUAGUUUUCGUGUUUAGUGUUACGUGUUUCGUGUCUCGUGAAGAUGGCUCGUACCAAACAGACGGCCCGAAAAUCAACCGGCGGUAAGGCGCCGCGGAAGCAACUCGCCACCAAGGCCGCUCGUAAGAGCGCUCCGGCCACGGGAGGUGUGAAGAAACCUCAUCGUUACAGACCCGGUACGGUCGCUCUUCGUGAAAUACGUCGCUAUCAGAAGAGUACGGAACUUUUGAUACGCAAGCUGCCGUUCCAGCGUCUUGUCCGUGAGAUCGCACAAGACUUCAAGACGGAUCUACGUUUCCAGAGUUCGGCCGUUAUGGCGUUACAGGAAGCUAGCGAGGCUUACCUCGUCGGUCUAUUCGAAGACACGAACCUGUGCGCUAUCCACGCCAAGCGUGUAACGAUCAUGCCCAAGGAUAUUCAAUUGGCGCGUAGGAUCCGAGGAGAACGUGCUUAAUUACGUGACGUCGUCGAUUGCAUACUACUGCGUGUGUUUAUAAUAAUAAUAAAUAUACGUAGUAGUAGUAUUUGCAAAAUAUAAUUAUCAAAAAGGCCCUUUUCAGGGCCGCAUAUAUAUAUCUGAAAACGAAAAAAAAAAAAAUGUUUGUUUCAUACGUUCAAUCACGUCACGAAAUAUUAUUACAAAUUUUAACAUAAUUCACGAGAUCACGUCGAACACGCUAUAAUAAAUAU